AUGGUGUUUGAACUACAUAUCUGGGGCCCGGCAUUUGAGCUUCCUUCUAUCGACGCCCAAUGUCUAGCUACAAUUUGUUACCUCCGUCAUUGCCUGCAACCUGACCGCUGGGUGCUGAUUCCCUCAAGCGAUGCGCGCGUCAGUCCUUUGGGAGAACUCCCUGCCUUGCGUGAUGGCGAGACCUGGGUCGCUGGGUUCGCCAACAUCGUCGACUACCUUCGGAAUAUCUCCAAUGGCGAACAAGACCUAGACAAAGACCUCAGCGCCCAGCAACAAGCAGACUGCGUGGCAUUUUCCGCCUUGAUCACUUCACUUGGCCAACCUCUUCUCGAUCUCAGCCUGUACGUCAGCAGUGACAACUACCUCAACCACACAAGACAAGCUCUCAGCGAUAUCUUGACAUGGCCGAACAGCUGGACUUUACCGCACCAAUGGCGCGCACAAGCGAAGAAGAGAUCGGAACACUUGGGUUUGAGCAGUUUGGAUGUGGACAGUGCGCAAGAAGAGGAGGAUAAAAAGGCGGACGCAGGGCUAACUGCACACAUACCAAAGUCUCUCCGAAAACCCAGGCAAACGGUGACGGGGCUACUGGGCCGGCACCAGCAAAAGAACCGGUUCCGACUGGACGCUGUCACCGAAGAUUUCUUUGAGCCUCUAAGUGAAAUGCUGGGGAAGAAGAGCUGGCUAGUGGGUGAACAGGUUUCCAGCGCUGACUGUCUGGCCCUCGGUCAUCUGGCGCUGAUGCAGACACCGGCACUGGAACAUGGAUGGCUGCGGGAGUCUCUACAGACAAAACAUAAUGACCUAAACCAAUGGGUGAAGAGUCGAGUUGCGGAAGUGUUUGGUCCGCCCAUCGAUGUCACUUUGGUUCUGGGACGGAAACCAGGAGAUGUCGCCCAGUUGUCAUUACCAUGGCGAAUUCCCGCUCCCAAGAGUUUCCCGCAGGUCUUACAGGCGGUGGUUGAGGGGUGUAUUAGUUCUAUCCCUGUGAUAGGAUCAUUGCAUGGAGUUUCGGAAAUCGGUAACACGCAUGGAACCGGACGAGAACGAUACCGCGAGAAACAGCUGCAAUUGGCGAGACUCCAGCAACAGCGAGACAUGUAUCUGAGGGUGGUCGCGUCAACGAUGACGAUGAUGGGACUGGCAGCGUGGUUGGUGUAUCAAGGUCUGCUGCCUGUGCCUCGAUGGGGACGCUCUGCGCCUCGAAAGCGUGCGUUCGGCGAAGCGGGUGUCCUUCUUGGAUUGUGA